AUGGGUUUGAAACUCUCUUGUACUCUCUUCAUUUUCUUUCUACUUGUUCUUGAAUUUCUAGCUUUUGCCAAAGGAAAGAAUGAGAGUCACAAUCUUUAUAGCAGUAAUGUUUUGAUAAGUGGCACCAUAGUUGUUAGUCAAGAUGGAAGUGGAAACUUCAGCAAUAUCAAUCAAGCCGUGGCUGCUGCACCAAAUAACUCUGAUGCAAGAAAUGGCUAUUUCUUGAUUUAUAUUAAAGAGGGAAAGUAUGAAGAAUAUGUGUCAAUACCUGAGAGCAAGACGUAUCUCAUGAUGGUUGGACAAGGAAUCAACCGAACAAUCAUUACUGGCAAUCGCAGCCAUGGUGAUGGAUGGCAAACAUAUGAAUCUCAAACAUUUGUUGUGGCAGCGACAGGAUUUGUAGCAGUUAAUAUCACAUUUCAGAACACUGCUGGGCCCAAAAAAAUGCAAGCAGUUGCAUUAAGAAAUGAAGCAAAUUUGUCCACCUUUUACCGUUGCAGCUUUGAAGGGUACCAGGAUACUCUUUGUGUAGAUUCUAAGAAACAAUUCUACAGAGAGUGUGACGUAUAUGGAACAAUCGAUUUCAUAUUCGGAAAUGCUCAGGUUGUUUUGCAAAACUGCAACAUAUAUCUGCGUCUUCCUUUAGAUGGACAAUUCAAUGUUAUUGCUGCCCAAGGAAGAACAAGCCCAAUAAAUGACACUGCCAUUUCCAUUCAGAAUUGCAAUAUCAGGCCUGCUGAUGAUCUAGCUUCGAGGCCAAUUGGUAGUGUGAAGACUUACCUUGGAAGGCCCUGGCAAGAGUACUCGAAAACCAUUGUUAUGCAAUCAUUCUUGGACAGUUUAAUAGACCCAGCUGGUUGGUCUGUAUGGAACGAUACUGGUUUUGCACUCUCUACGUUGUAUUUCGCAGAAUAUGACAACAAAGGACCCGGGGCAAACACUUCCAGUAGAGUGAGAUGGGCUGGUUACCAUAUCAUAAAUGAUAUUGAUGCUGCAAAAUUUACGGUAGCCAAUUUUCUGAAAGGCAAUGAUUGGUUGCCUCAAACUGGAGUGUCUUACAUUCCUGGACUCAUAACUUAA